AUGCCACUGCCAUGCAACCUGCCUAACUUGCUGUCGGGACUGUACCUUCACCUCAUCUUCCUGCUGGGCAGCGUGUGUGUGGCCUGCAGCAACUGCACACCCGAGCAGCUGGCCGCCAUCAUGAACUGCUCCAAGCACGAGCACCACGCACGGAACUACGACUACAUGGAAGGGGGAGAUGUACGCAUACGACAGCUGUUCAGCCGGACGCAGUGGUUCCUUACCGUCGACGACUACGGCAACAUCAACGGGACACAAGACCCCACCAACUGUUACAGUAUCCUGGAGGUCCGUACGGUGUCCGAGGGAGGAGUGUUAGCUAUCAAAGGAGUGAAAAGUCAGUACUAUAUCUCCAUGAACAGGACUGGCCUGCUGCAAGGCAAGAAAAUCUACAAUGAGAACUGCAACUUCAAGGAGAUUUUCCUAGAAAACUACUUCAACGCUUACUCGUCUGUUAAGUCGAGUAGAGACGGCAAGGAGAUGUUCAUUGCUCUGUCUCAAAAGGGCAGACCACUGAGAGGGAAGAAGACCAGGAGGGAACACAUCACCUCCCACUUCAUUCCCAUGAAAUGCAGAGAGGAGGAGAGGACUGGCGUCUGAGAGAAGGAGACUGAAAAAGGAAGAGG